AUGCCUCAAGUCAGUUUGACGGACUUCAACGUGGUGUUGGCAGUCCUUGGUGCCUUUAUGACACUUUAUGGUGUAAUAUCCGUAAAGAUCAAGCAGAAAUGGUACCUUGGAGAAGCCUUGCCUGCUAUGCUGGUGGGCAUCUGCCUCGGCCCUGUGGCAGCGAAAUUUCUCGACAGUGAGAGAUGGGGCCAAGGCCAGGUUGGCCAGACCAAGGAUAUUGCCCUGGGUCUGAUGCGCGUGGUCAUUGGCGUGCAGCUGGUCAUUGCCGGUUACCAGCUGCCCGCAAAAUACAACGCAACCCGCUGGAAGGAGAUGGCCAUCUGCCUCAUCCCCGUCAUGACCCUCAUGUGGCUCUGCACCACUGGUUGCAUCAUGGCCACUAUUCCCAGGCUCACGUUCCUUGGUGCUCUGGUGAUUGCCUCGUGUGUCACGUGCACAGAUCCUAUCCUGUCCCAGGCCAUUGCCAAGGGCCCAUUUGCCGACAAGUAUGUGCCCCGUCACCUUCGAGAGAUCAUCUCGUCUGAGGCUGGUGCCAACGAUGGACUCGGCUUUCCCUUUCUGAUGCUCGCGACAUACAUCAUGAGGCAUUGCUUUGGUACAACCGACUACAGCCACGAUGGUUCCAGUGGCGGUGAAGCUGCUCGUAACGGAGCUGAGGCUGCCCACAGGCUGCUCGCCCGCAGUGCCGACGUGGGUCGUCUCGGAGGCGGCGUCGGCGAGGCCAUGAAGCAGUGGUUUGUCGAAUGCUGGGUUUACUACAUUGUUCUGGGUGUCGCUUACGGAGCCACUGUGGGUUACGUCUCAUGCCGCAGCAUCAAAUUUGCUCUUCGGAAGGGGUGGAUCGAUGAGCAAUCCUACCUGCUCUUCCCUGUCGCUAUCGGUCUCUUCAUUAUCGGUACUUGCGGUGCUAUGGGCACCAACGACUUGCUUGCCUGCUUCGUUGCUGGCAACCUCCUCAACUGGGAUGGCAACUUCCUCGCCGAGACGUAUCAGCGACACGACGAAGUCAACCACUGUCUCGAUGUUCUUCUCAACUUUGGUGGAUUCAUGUUCGUUGGAACUGUCCUUCCUUGGAGCGAAUUCCAUGACCCCGAUGGCACCGGCGUGACAAUCCCCCGACUUAUCGGCCUUGGCUUCAUGGUUCUCGCCUUUCGACGUAUCCCUGCUAUUCUUCUGGUCUACAAGUUCAUGCCCAAGGUGUGCCAUGACAUCAAAGAGGCUCUCUUCAUGGGCUACUUUGGACCUAUUGGUGUAGGAGCUGUAUUUUACCGCGAACACAUGCGUCACCUUUUCCCCCACGGCGAUGCAGCAGACCAAGAAGAGAAGGAUGUCCUCGAUCUUGCUGGACCAGUUGUUUAUUGGCUGGUCUUCUUCUCCAUCAUCUGGCACGGUCUUUCAAUCCCAGCCCUCAACCUCAUUUACCAGUGGCGCGGAGUCGAGCCUAUUCUGGACGACGCCGUUUCGAUCCGUCGCAAGUCCUUCACCAUGGCGACACCAGCCAACGCUAUCACCGGAGACGAGGACAACUUCAUUGCCUUCAACCGGUUCAGCCGUCCCGAUCCCAACUCACGCGCGAACUCCAUGGUUCUUUCCGGCGAACUUUCCCCUGCCGCCCAACACGCGCGAAACGAGUUUGCUAUCUUCUCUGGAACACAUUCUGAGGAAGACUCUGAGAGAGAACGCGAAGAGGCGGAGAAGAGACGCCGCCGACGAACUAUUCAGUACGAUGUAUAG